AUGGAUAGAUACAAUGCAAUCAAGGAAUUGGGCGAUGGCUCCUUUGGGUCAGUCCUCUUGGGAAUCAACAAGGAAACCAAUGAAAAAGUGGCCAUUAAAAAGAUGAAGCAAAAGUAUGCCACAUGGGAUGAAUGUCUGGAACUACGGGAACUCAAAUCUCUCAAGCAACUACGAAACCACGGAAACAUCGUCAACCUGUUGGAAGUGUUUCGUGAUGAGCACAAGUACCUGCACUUUGUGUUUGAGUAUAUGGACAGCAAUCUGUAUCAGUGGCUCAAAUCUCGCAAUGGAAAGCUACUGCCUGAAUCCGACGCCAAACGUAUCUCAUUCCAAGUCUUGAUGGGUCUGGAGCAUAUGCACAAGAAUGGCUACUUUCACCGAGAUAUGAAACCAGAAAAUCUGCUGAUGAAGGAUGAUAAUGUAAAAAUAGCAGACUUUGGACUUGCACGAGAAAUACGUAGUAGACCACCAUACACGGAAUACGUCAGCACACGAUGGUAUUACAGCUUUGAGACUUUUGUUGCGUUACCCACAGUAUCCGAACUAAGACAAAACAACAAUAGGUAUCGAGCACCUGAAGUGCUGCUACGAUCGACAGCUUAUUCGUCGCCUAUUGAUAUAUGGGCUUUGGGAACGAUAAUAGCUGAAGUCUUCACGUUGAAGCCAUUGCUACCUGGCAACACUGAAAUGGAUCAGAUAUUCAAAAUGUGCUCUUUGCUUGGCUCGCCCAAAUCCGACGAUGACUCAGUAGCCGUAUCAGCUCCAGAUUACUUACGACUGACGUCUCCAAACAAGAAUGUCGGUGGUCUGGUCGGUGGAUUUACAUCAUCUAUUAGACGUGAUGCUAUAUGCGGUGGAGGUCCAUGGCCAGAGGGUAUUAGGCUUGCUGCCACUAUGGCAUUCAAGUUUCCUAAAAGCCCCGCUGUACCUCUAGCCAAUAUUUGUCCGAAUGUGCCAACACCAGCUCUAGCUCUCAUCGCUUCCAUGUUAUUAUACGAUCCUCAUAAACGACCAACAGCAUAUCAAGCUCUACAGAGCCCUUGGCUGGCUGAUAUGUAUCAGGAAGCUUUGCAGCAGCAAGCAGCCGUCAGGGCUACGGAAAAGCCACAGCAGCCAACAGCAGCAACUACGACAUCUGGUAGACCAUCGCAAACUACCAAUGCAGAGCAUUUACCACGUCUUGAUGGUCCACGACGAGUGCCAAUAGAUUCUGGUAAAGAACUAUCAGAUAGAAGACCUCCCCAAAACGAAGAAGUCAAAGCACUACCAUCAGUGUUUCAGUCAAGUAGUCCGAUACGUAAAACCUCUGCAGGAUCACGGCAUCCAAGUGCUAAACCCACAUCACGUAAAUCUUCACCACGACAUCAUGCUUAUCCUCCUCCACAUCCAGGUCGUCGGCGGUCUGGAGAAUUCGAUUUAAUGGGUAUUGAACUUGCAGGGGGUGGACAAGGAGGUCUACCGAAGAAGUAUCGUAGAGGACUGAAUGAGCAUGAAGAUUUAGAAUCUGUCAUGCCAGUAGUACAACAACAACAGCCAUCAUCACAAUUCCCAGUAUCAUCAAACACACAUCAAGUAUCAAACAUCUCACAUACCAAACCAGACGCUAGGCGGUCACCAUCUCCUGAGUACGACAUUGAUAAACUCAUUGAUGAAAUAGACGAUGCUGUAGCUUCACCACAUGAUAAAGCAUCAGGUCGAACAUCACCUACCAAACCCUCAUUCAUGGCAUCUAUACCGACACAGUAUGCAUCUCGAUAUUCACAUCAUGACUUUAUGACUCGAAACAACUCUACGAUUCCACCAAUAACACGGGGAAAUAAUCCAAAGUCUGACAAUGGGACGAUACCGCCAUAUGGAUUGAUUGGAUCUAGAACAAAGAAGAGUAUACCGUCUUUGCAAGGAUCGGGCUCAUUAGGAUCUAUAAAUGGGCUUAUAGAUCAGUAUGAUCAUCAUUCCGCACAAGCUAGUCCUAUGAGAGCUCCAUAUCAGGAUCUGGGAUUGUCGUUGACCGUGAGAGGAUUCCCGCCAUCUCAAUCAUUCAAGUAUACCAACCCGGUAUCUCAUAUCAACUACAACAAUAAUAAUAUGAAUGGUGGUGGUGGUUUACUUCCUCAAGCUACGUACAAGACCUCAUAUCAUCAUCAGCAACAACAACCACAACGAAAGGGAUAUGAUCCUCUACUUGCUGCAGCUGGUGUAUCUACACGGGGUGCUGAUUCCUUUACAAGGUCACUCACACAACCAGUUAGAGUUAGGCGCUGA